AUGAAAAAAUUCAUAUCAAAAUUUGAAACAAAAAAUGAACUCACAUCUACCAGCAGCAGCAGCCGUGAGACGAACAGUUUCGUCGGCAAAACGUUUAAACUCAGCAAGGACAAUGUAGUAACCGUCGAGGAGGUGCUAGCCGAGGGAGGGUUUGCCGUUGUAUUUCUAGUCAAAGGAGCCAAAGGAGAACGUUACGCAUUGAAGCGACUGUACGUCAAUAAUGAGUAUGAUUUGGGUGUGUGCAACCGCGAGAUUAAAAUUGCCAGUAAUCUCAGCGGGCACAAAAAUAUCAUCGGCUACAUUGAUCAUAGCAUCAACGCGAAAGGCAACGGUGUACACGAGAUUCUGCUGUUGAUGCCCUACUGCAAAACAAACUUGCUCACGUUGAUGAACGCCCGCAUCGGGACCGGUUUCAGUGAGACGGAAGUGCUACAGAUAUUCUGCGACGUCGCCGAAGCCGUUGCUCGCCUACACCAAUGCCAGACACCGAUCAUUCAUCGGGAUUUGAAGGUGGAAAACGUUCUUCAGAACGAGCUGGGAAACUUCGUGCUGUGUGAUUUUGGCUCCGCAACAGCACGGGUGCUCAAUCCCAACAGCCACGGGCGCACAGUUGUUGAGGAGGAAAUUCAAAAGUACACCACACUCUCUUAUCGCGCACCGGAAAUGAUCGAUCUCUUCAAUGGACAAGACAUCACUGUGAAGGCGGACAUAUGGGCGCUAGGAUGUCUGCUGUAUAAGGUUUGUUUCUUUACGCUUCCUUUCGGCGAGAGCGCUUUAGCUAUCCAAAGCGGCCAAUUCACCAUUCCGGAUGGUUCGAAGUAUUCUCGAGAGGUUCAUCAGUUGAUUCGCUUCAUGCUGGAACCUGACGCAGACAAACGGCCAAAUGUGUACCAGGUGUGCGAGGUGGCGUUUGGUAUCGCUGGACGAACAAAUCCCGUUCGCAACCUCACGAAAUGCAAUGUUCCGCCGUUGACCACCUUGGUCGUGCCCCCAUUUGAAUCAGAAACUAAGAGGCUGCCACCGGUGACAGCUGUGGGACAGGCGAGCUCAACACCGAAGGCAAACAAACCAACCGGUCAUCUGCCAAUGGAAGGUGGUACCAGCGUAGCACCGCGGCAGAGACCGAAAGCGUCACAAGUAGCAACACCAAAUGUAGGAGCAAACAGCUUCUCGCUUGGACUGCCACCAAAUCCUUCACCCAAAAAUAUUCUCUCCUCUCCUACUCCCGGUACCGCACCUACUUCCGGUGUUGGGAGCAGUGUUCCCGCUGGAUCGGAUCCUCCGGAGGCGUUCGUUGCAAAGUUCGCUGCCAAUUUUCCACCAUCAGUGGCUGCCACCCCAUCAACUGUGAGCGGGAUCGAGCAUUCUGUUGCGGACGUAGCUGGUACACAUGCACCGGCCGCAUUACCUUCGCAGCCUGUUGCAGUAGCCGCACUCUUUCAGACCACCUACCCGGACCCGUUCCGAGAGGAAGAAUUACCUCCAGCAGCAAGCGGUGAGAUGAUGGCUGGUCCAGGAUCUGUCCACAACUCACCGUCCUCGUCGUUAUCGCUUCUUCAAUCUCCUGGUCACGUUGCACCGCAGGAUCCGUCCAAUUGUAGCCAAAACCACUCCAUUGGUGGAUCGGUUAACUCUCCUUCGGCAAACAGCGGGGUUACAGGGACCAUUUUAGCUCCCCCCAAAGCAUCGGGACACAGACGAAAUGUGAGUGAUACAUCUGCCUUUAAUAAAGCGUUUGCUACGGAAACUUCCCAGUUCCUGGCACCGUAUGACCAAUCGAACAACAAUUAUCAGCCGCCCACAACGAACGCACUCGGGCACACGUCCACGUCCGCUGGAAUGUCAACAACGAACGGCUCCAACGGUUCGCUGCACAAGCUGCAGGGGUCUACCAUCGGCUCCUAUUUUGAGUCCAGAGCCACCAGUUUGGCGACCAGUUCCAAUCCACAGCUGAGCCAGCAACGUUCUUCAUCUUCCGCGGGCGGAGGGUCUAAUUGGAAUCCGUUUGGCGACCCCACCCCAUUCUCUCAAAUGACUGAGGAUCACAUCUUUGGCGAGGAAUUUGAUAAGAUACGGGAGCAGGGCAGUCAGGGCAGUUUGAAAACUCCUCCUGAAGUCCCGAGACACUCGUCGCUGCCAUUAAUUCAAAUGGUCGCCAACGUAGGAUCGACUUUUUCGACAGUUCAACAGGCAGCCCCAUUUUCUCCCGAAAACAUUCCAGAUUCCCUAGGCGACGAUGAUGAUCCCUUCAAAUGUGCCCCAUUCUCGAUGCCGGUGCGCGGCGAUAAGAGCAAAUCAUUCAAACUAUCCUCACGCAAGGUGAUUGUUAUUGAUGGCGGUUUCAGUGCACAGCUUUCGGAACACGUGGUGCUGGGCCCAAAGCUGGAUAAAGACCCCCUGUGGACGUCUCGCUUCAACGCCACAAAUCCUGCGGCGGUCCUCGAUACCCACUUGGAUUAUUUGAAGGCGGGUGCGGAUUGCAUUCUGACCAACACCUACCAAGCGUCCAUCGAAGGCUACAUGGAUUUUCUCGAUCUCAACGAGGACGAGUCAAUACAACUCAUCAAAUCCAGCGUCGAGUUGGCUAAGCGCGCGCGGACGCGCUAUCUAGGAGAGAAGCUAGAGAACAAAUCACACAAAAUACCGUGGGUGGUGGGCUCUAUUGGACCGUAUGGAGCGUAUCUUCACGAUGGAUCGGAGUACACGGGGGCGUAUGCAGACCAAGUUCCAGCGAACCGUUUGCAGAAGUGGCACCGUUCACGAAUCAACGCUAUCGUAGAGGCCGGCGUCGACGCGCUUGCAAUAGAAACCAUACCAUGUCGAAUGGAGGCGGAAGCACUGCUGGAAUUGCUUACGGCUGAACAUCCAAAUGUUCGAUUUUGGAUAUCUUUCCAGUGCCGCGACGGUUCGGUCACUGCACACGGGGAAAGCUUUGCCGAUACGGUCAUAGCGCUAUGGAAUAAGGCAAAGCAACUUGCUAAUCCCAAUCUACUGGCGAUCGGCGUUAAUUGUGUUAAUCCUGAGUACGUUCUACCCUUGCUUAAAUCAGUUCAUGAACGACGAGUCGUGGGUACGGCAGACCACGAUCGCAUACCGUUGAUUGUGUAUCCAAAUUCUGGAGAACUAUGGGACGUGGCUGCCGGAUGCUGGCGAGGCGCGGAAAAUCUGACCCCACUGGAAACCUACAUACCGCAGUGGGUAGAAAUGGGCGUCAAAUUUAUCGGAGGCUGUUGUCGCACGAAUGCACGAGACAUCAAGCGGAUAAAGAAAACCGUCAUCGGGUUGUACGGAAGCCGCAGUAUUGAAAAUUAA